GAGGGUGGAAAAUAUAAGAGGUUCUUUAUGCAAAUUUUGUAGCAUCAUGAAGUUAUGUUUUGUCUACUUUUUGUUCAAUAUGGUCACUAAGAACAAUAGGUGUCUAUAAAAAUUCAAAAUGACGACUGAUUAUGGAUGGGUUUUCUUGUAAUUUGAUAUUGUUUCACAUUUUCUAAUGAAUCUACUUUGCUUCACAAAAUUCUAUUGCUGUGAGUUCACACAUCUUACACACACAGGGUGAAACUUUGUUCAGGUUUCUUUAACUAUAUGGAGAGGUGUGGAAUAAUGUACAAGCGCGUCCACACUAUGACUCUAAGUUUUCCGACAGUCAUGAAGGUAUCACCGCAGCUCCCCCUCUGCUCCCUGCCCACCAAAACGCACUGAGUUCCGCUCAGCUUGGCCAAUCGUGGCGCGCUGUGUUUCAGCAGCACCAUUGCAGUGUGAGGUGAUCGUACGGAGGUGCUGCUCGCCAGGAGAGUGAGCGUUUGGAGGAAAAAUAUUCGACCUGGGUGAGCGCUGUGGGCAAACUCCCCGACACGGUCACUGGGUGACAUUGCCAUCGCCAGCUUCGGUGACCCUCAGUGAGUGACAGAUGUGUGACACUGCGGAGAACCAUUUGCCUCUCCCAGUGGAGAUCUGAGUUCUGGGACACUGAGGCAGCCGAGAGGGGGUCUCUGAGGAAGAUGCUGGGUUCAGAGCGCGGUGUUGUUGAAGAAUGGCUCUCAGAAUUCAAGUCCUUACCAGAAACUCACAUCCCCAGCUACGCCGGCAGCCUUCAUCUAAAGAAGUCCCUGGUGCCGGCGCUCUACAGAGUCAUCCAGGACCCCAACAAUGAGCUGCUGGAGCCUGUGUGCCACCAGCUGUUCGAGCUGUAUCGGAGCUCUGAAGACCGCCUGCGACGUUUCACCCUGCAGUUCCUGCCUGAGCUGGUGUGGGUAUACCUGCGUAUCACGGCCAGCAGGGAUCGCCAGAGCAAUGGCUGCAUUGAGGCCCUCCUUUUGGGCAUCUAUAACCUGGAGAUCGUGGACAAAGACGGCAACAGCAAGCUCCUGUCCUUCACAAUCCCAUCUCUGUCCAAACCAUCAAUAUAUCACGAGCCUUCCAGUCUGGGGUCCAUAGCAUUGACAGAGGGGGCUCUCUGUCAACAUGACCUGAUCAGAGUGGUGUACAGCGGCCUCCACCCUCAGAGAGAGACCUUCACAGCUCAGAACAGGUUUGAAGUGCUGUGUUUCCUCAUGCUCUGCUACAACUCUGCUGUGGUCUACAUGCCCCUUUCUUCCUAUCAGUCAGUCUGCAGAAUGAGCUCACGGUUGUGUGUAUGUGGCUUCCCCCGGCAGCAGCAGAAGCUUUGGAGGGAACCGUGCAACCGUGUGCUGCUGGACCCCGAGUUCAUGGUGCAGAUGCUGACUGCUGUUUAUCACGCCAUAUACAAUGGAGAGUGGGAGAUGGGGCGGGAAGCUCUGGAGGACAUUCUGUACAGAGCACAGCUGGAGCUUUACUCCCAGCCUCUUCUGCUGGGGAACGCCAUGAAGAACUCGCUGCCAGAAAGCGCUCCUGAUGAAUCGCGGGGGCGCAAGGUGCUCCAGGUCGAGGUGACACCCACCAUCAGCCGCAUCUCCAUCUCAGCCAUCACCACCGCCUCUAUACGGCGCCACCGCUGGAAGAGAGAGGAUUGUUUUGACUACUCAACCGAUGCAGAGUUGAGCCUCAUCGUCAAUCCUCCUAGCCUCGCCCAGCAUCACCACCACCACCACACUCCCUGGGACGCAGCAGCCAAAGAGGAAAGAGGAGGGCGGGCUCACAGCCACCACAGCAGCAGCAGCAGCAUCAUUCCCCCCAUCACACUUGAGGAUGCUGAUGGCAUGAGCGGCGGGGAGGAUUCCUUCAACAUCAACGACCCAGACGAGGGUUUCUCCUCCGGGGCGUCCAACAGCAGCCAGCCCAGCGGCACCAAGGUGGGCGGCAGCGUGGGGCCGAGGGGCGGCAGCCUGAACAGCAGCAGCAGCAGCAUCAAGAAAGCCAUCACGGCCCGGCUGUCUCGGGACAAGGAGAAAGAGCGAGAACGGGAGAAGGAGAAGGAGCGCGAGAGGGAAAAACAGGCAGAAUUGUCUGCGGAUCACCAGGCUGCUGUGAGGAGGCAUCACCAGAGGCAGCAGUCGCCUCCAGCCAGCAUCACCUUGGAUGCCAUCCAGCUGAGCCCCAUAAAGAAGCACCUGAGCUUCCCUGUGGGACCCACGCUGGUGCGGACUGGCAGCACCUCCUCCAGCAAGUCUUUUGACUGCAUGAAUUUCAACCUGAACGGAGGCGAGGACGAGCGAGAGGAGGCGUUGGGAGGCUCCGACAAGGAAGGGGGGCUUCCAGCAGGCGGCUCGCACCGCCACUCCACCAUUAGCCUCCAGGAGGAGCACCUCAUCAGGCCAGAGGACGCCCAGGACCUCCUGUCUCCUGGAGCUCCUCUCACCAAGCAGUCCCGUUCCCCCAGCUUCAACAUGCAGAUCAUAUCACAGGUCUAACAUACAGUGCAGGGUGUGGUAGAAACACACACACACACACACACACAGAAAUGCACACUAAAUAUGUACACACAUCCUCAUGCAGUUUUUCUCUGCGACUCUUUACAGCCCUACUACAACAACUUCUAUUUGUGUGUGAGUGGGUGUGUGUGUGUGUGUGUGUGUGUGUGUGUGUGUGUAGGAACACAUUUUCAGAUCUCAACAGUUGUCUCCACCCUUUCAACAUCCAUUAAAACUUACAAUCAUGACCUGCAAGUUACUGAGAAUGCAACAAGAGAAAAAGUAGUACAUCAUGAGUGCCCACUGCUGUAAUGACAGGCGAGUGUAACAGAGUCCAGCAUGUCACUGCAUCCUCCCGUCUGACUAAGCUGAGCAUUCCACACAGAAACUCACCUCAAAAGGAGGAAAUGUCGAGAGAAAAGCCGUAAGGAUGCCACGCGAGCUGUAGGGGGAAAUGUGACAUUUCAGAUUUUUUGAGUUCCUGACUGAAUCAGUCAGCAUGAAUCAGCAAUAACACUUACCGUCGCUCAUGUGGAGAAGAGUGGGGAUUAUCGCUCUUUCUCUUCAUUCCUUCCCUUUUGUUCCCGGGCUCACGUGCAAUCGUUCUUGCUGAUUAUCUUCCUUGUUAAUUGCUGAUUUUAAAUUAGGCAGAAAUAGUUUUAUGAAAAAAAAAUCUUUAAAUGUUUUUUUUUGUUUUUUUUAAAUCACAAUCCAAAGAAGGUAACGUUUGUUUUGUUUUAUUAUUUUUUUCCUCACGUUGUUUGACAGUGAUUUUGUAGAAAUGAGUCAAGACCCAAGUGAAUCUCUAGUUUUCAGCCCAUGACCUUCAUUUUAUUCUGUAAUUAUAAUAAUAAUAAUCUGAUUUGAUCUGUAAAAUCAAACUUUUACGAAUGUUGUAAAACCAAACUGGAAUGUGGUAAGGAUUUGUCUUGCCCCAGGCUUUUAACUGGACAAAUCUGAAGAAAUCACUACUGUGCAGCUACAAGAGGAAAGGAAUUUGUCUUUUGACUUUACCUAAAAAUCUGAAACUGUAUCUUGUGGAUGAACUGGAUUAAAACGUUGUAGACAGUGCAGGUUUGCGUUUGAAGCUAAAGGCAAUGACUGUAUUUUAUACUAGAUUGUUAUUCUGGUUUAUACCAUUUAAUGGGUCCUUCCAUAUGAAAGCACUUGUUGGUCUUCGUCAGUUUGUGUUGAGGCUUGUGUGUAGUGUCAUUACUGCCCACUGGAGGCUUGUUCUAGUCACUGCGCAUCAGCAGUCACCAUGAUGGUCGUCUUGAGUUUUGUGCUCUGAUUGGACGCUCAUGAAACAUUUUGUUCUACCUCAUUGUGUGUUCACCUGCCACUCAGACACCUGUCUCCCGAUCAGAUGCCGGAUUUAAAAACCUCCAUUAGGUUUGAAACUGGAGCGCUCGACCGGUUUGGGGAUUAAAUAGUUGGGACCAAUAUGGUUUCACACUGCAACUGUAAUGACACUGUAAAAUCUGCGUGCGCUCAUGUGACGAGUUGCGACUGAAUAUCUGGGCCUUGCAUUUCAGUUCAAUCACAUCAUGCACAAAAUCUAGCUGCAAAACAAGAACAGGACUGUCUUCAGGUUUUCAUAUUUUCUGUCAUAUAUCAAACAACCACACUGGGAUUAACCUGAUUAUUCUUAGCUCCCUAGGUAUGUCCUGCUUAUGUCAUUUUCUUUUUUUUUUUUUUUUGCUUAUGUAAUGAUUUUCAAAGUGCAAUUUUUUUUUUUAUCCUCACGUGCAUGGAGUUGGAUCUUCUCUGCUGUUAAAUGCCUGCAUCUGCGCACAGUGCUAGCUAGCCUUCUGUAGUGCUCCCUGCCCAGACUGAGUGAUUCUUAACAUGGCGUGCUUGUCUGCAUGUUUAGUGCCCUGCAAAGCACUGCUGUUUCAGGUGCGUGAAACAGCCAACGAGCCAAACUCAAGUCUCGUCUUUGCCAGAUGUGCCAAAACACAUCCUCUCCUUAAGGAUUUUUUUUUUUUUUUUUGGCUUGGGUGUCUUAAGUUAAAAUGCCUCUUUUUUCUGUUUACUUGUCUUAUGUUAAAGUUAAGGCACAAUAAAAGGGAUGUUUGGACAUACAGCUCAAUGUGCCCUUAGAUGCAGCUUCACCUUUUUUGCCACGUUUUCUUCUUCGUUAGUCGUUGCAGGUGCGUGCGGCACGUUGUACUUUCACAGUCAUCACGAAGCUUCGCUGUUCAGUAUAUUAUGCGUAUGUGUUCUGUAGAUUGUCAGCUGUUGUAUUGCAUUUCCCACAUCUUGCUCAUGUGCUUGUUGGGAAAACAAGGGUGAAUGAUUAAUGUAUAUAAAAGUCAGUUCAGUCUGCAGUGAAAAUCUCACACACUCAUGCUCACGCUGUGCUGGAAACCUUCACAGCUGCUGCUCCCAGUCCUGAGUGAGUCCUGUGUGCGCUUUAGCCUUAGACAUUUCAGGCCAAAACGCCUCGAUCGUUGCCUCUUUGGCCCUAUAACGCUCCUCAUCUUCCUCCUCUUCCUCCUCCUGCUGGACUGGACUGUGAAAGAAGAAGAAGAGGAGAGGAGCGCAGCUACAGUUCACACUCUCACCUGGUCUGUCUGCUGUCAUCCCUGUGCUGUGUGGCUCUCAGCGAGCUGUGUUCCCAUUUGCUGUAUUUUGCUGUGAGUUGAGUGGCACCUUUUGCUGUUUUGAACCUGGUGACGUGUUCAUGUCAUUAAUAUGAGUGCCCCUGACCGAGAUUACCAGCAGCCAUGUUGGUACUGUAUGUUGACUUAGAGUAAUCCCUCAAUGUCUGGUGUUAUUUGCAUGUGAUCAGGGCGGGAAAUGAACGCCAGCCAGCAAAUGUCAAACAAAAAAAAAAAAAAAAAGUGGCUGUGGAUCAUUAUUUUAUCUUCAGUUCAUUUUGGCAGAUUUAUAAGCUCAGAAAUCAUCACAAGGUCCACUUACAUUU